GGCGCUAUUAUUAGAUCACGUUGGUUUUGUUUUGAAGGUCAAGUUAACUAGUUUUGCUACAGUGAGGUUGAUUAUGUUCAUCAGUUCGUCCUCCUCGUCAAAUAAUUGGAGUGGAUUCACUCUAAUUUUGCCAGCAGUAUCUGUUGGCAAUUUAGCCCAGCUGUCAGCAGAUCUUCUCAUCUCUACACUAGAGCUGACUAGAGCAGGGUACCUUCAUGAUGCCAGCAUUCUACCGUUGUGUGGUCAUGAUCCGUUUGGGAGAGCCGGAAUGACUGAAGGAUGUUUGGUCACCAGCACUGAAGUUUAUGAAUCAAAGCAGAGGAGACUUGUUGUGGUUCAACAACGGACACCAUUGGUCAAGGGAAAGCAUGAGGACUUCAGGAGAAAGCUCUUGGCUUGGAUCAAAGAUGCCAAAUUCUCAAAAGUCAUCCUACUUACCAGCAGCCAGUCACAUGAGAGAAUAGAUGCACAAUUGACAGGGAGUCAGUUCAGAUAUCUAACCACCCCCAAACUGGAAGAACAACUUGGUACAGUCCUUUCAGAGCAGCUGCACUGGAAGAAAUUAGAAAAGAGAAAGAACCAGUGGGCUCCACCAUUUUCAAAUGAGGAGGGUAGACCAGAAUAUGCCAGGGGCAUUUAUAUCCCUGGAGGGGGAAUUGCAAAGAAAUUGUUUGAAGAUUGUUGCUCACAAGACAUUCCACUUGCUGUACUUCUGUUGUUCUGCUCUGAAGGGGACAAUAUUCCAGACGCUCUUUCAAUGGUCAGUCAUCUAAACCAGUGGCUUCAGUUGGUACAGGAACCAGAAAGCAGUCAACAAAGAAUUCGCAGUCCUUGGAAAAUUCCUAGUUCUUGGAGUAUGUUAUAUGGACCCAAGUUUGAGCCAUCAAUCUAUUAGAACCAGACACUUGGAUCAUCAUCAGACUGUUCAUAUUCACUGGGAUAUAGAAGUGGAUGGCAUGUGGUUGGUUUGGUUGUCUGGCUACGUUUUCGUCAGUUGUCUGUCAUGAACAAGAUCACAAGAGCAAGAAAUCUGAUUGGCAAAUUUAGCUUCGACCACAAAGAGUAAUCAGGCCUUUCAGCAGUUCGGUCUACAUAACCAACUCCAGUCUUCUAGUAACAAGCAAAGCAGCAGAAUAGUAACUUUGUUAGCAAAUGUUAAGAUUCACGAACUUUUUAUUUUGUUGAUAAAUAUUAUUUCAAAGGCAGCAUAUGGACACCUUGUGGUGGUGUCAGUAUAGAGAACAAUUGUUAACAUCAAUAAGUCCAGGGAUUUGUUCAGAAUAACAAGUAUCUUUGUUGUACAAACUUACCUGACAGCAGCCCAUUUCAUUUAGAACUUGAAACCCAUGUAAACUGCCUCACAAUCUGAUGUACAAAUGGCAAUGAAACCAAAGCAUGCUAGCAAUGUUUGCUUCAACUACUUUUGUUUUAUUUGCUUUCAAACAGUUUAAAUGCAUAUACAAUGUAUCAAAGCAAGGUGUAAACAUUUUGGAAAGAGCUAUAGAGUUCAUCACUUUGUAUAACAUAAUCCUACUUAACAAUCAGCCAUACAUCAUUGCAUGCUUUGGUAUGUUAGUUAUAUUUUAAUGACUUCCUUCCGAGCGGCCCAUUUUCGAGUACAUAGGCUUUAUAUGCAGAGCCGGGGAGCCCAGAACUGGGACAAAAGAGAUGGGCCUUAAGCCUUA